AUGCAGGCGACAGACGCGACCCGCCGCGACAAUGGGGAUCAAGGCUUUAGUGGGCAAGAGACUCAUCGACACCGGUCGUGGGUCUUUCCGUUUGAGCUUGAGCAGAGAGUAAGAAGGUGGAUGAUGAACGAGAACAUCGCGCAUAACUUGAUCGGCAAUCUUCAACCUGUUUGGGAAAUCAUCACGAGCCCGCGUCUCCAUGAACUCGACGAGCUGGAGACAUAUCUUACCAGAAUACGUUUUGAUGAACAAGGACAUGCUGAGCGUUUCGCGCCUCUCCCGGUCACCGUCGCGACAUAUCUGAUUGAGGUUAUGCUUGGCGGCUCGUGGGUUCAAACAAGCCUGGAAAAGGAUAUGGAAGUAAAAGGGCCCGAGGAACUUCAAAGAUACAAGAUCCGAACCGUUAGAGAUACUUUCUUGUGGCUUGGUGAUCUUGUAGACGCGCCGGGCACCUGGGCUUGGAUGUUGCUGCCUCCCUCGGACGUGGCGAAGGAAAGAGAGAUAAGAAAGAGCCUAAAAUGGCUGCAGCACGAGGACACGAAGCGCUUCUACCGCAAGGCGUCACCAAAAACGACAUUAAACGCGGAGGAUCUGGCGAACCUAGAGGGGCUGUGGAGAAUGUUCGAGGAGAAGAAGGACAAGCAUCGGGCAAUUCGGUACGCUUUUUUUCUCGCGCGGCUGGAGGCGAUGGGCAGCUGGGGAGAAAAGGGAAAAUGGGAGUCGCAAGGAUGGCCUAAAUACUAUAACCAGGUUAUCAAAGGCCUGUUCUAG